CAAAUGCGGAGGCUUGACCAGACAUUCACCUUGUUCCCCGCGCAAUCUCUCCCUUAUCUGACUCCGGAUCGCUGGGCCCGUGACUUGUUUCAGGCCUUGGCAUAUCUCAACAAUGCUAAUAGUAACGACCAACGAAUCCCCAACUUCAACCUCUAACUAUCAACCUCUUGAAGAGAAUUGUCGACAAUGCCAAAGACUCGCGUUCGUGUAGUGGAAGGAUCAUGUUGGCCCUGCAAAAAGCGCAGGAUUAAGUGCGAUCUCGCAAAACCAACCUGUUCGCGCUGCGCCAAAGUCGGAGCCGCAUGCGAUUACAAUCAACGGCUCAUUCGCUGGAGUACACGACCUGCUGUUACAGUACCAGCGAUUUAUCAGAUUACUACGCGCGAUGAACAGCUCGCCGCUUCACUAGCAGUAUACGAGAAACGCUCACUGGAUUACUUUCAUGGAAGGUUCUGGCCGCUAUUGACGACUGCUUCGAAGCCUUGUGCGCCGCCGACUAUGGUUGCGCUGCAGCAUCGUGUUGUUCUACUUGCGACGUGUGUUCUGGCUGAUUCGCAUCGGUGGUUGCAGGAUGGAAGGAAUAGUCGGAGUAUUUUGAACGUUAAGAGGAUGGAAUGUUUAGCUGCGUUGAGAGAGGAGGUUGAUGGAUGCUGUUCAAAGGAAGACGGCCCAUUACAGACACUCCUUUUUGCUGUUCUGCUACUCUACUUUCACGAUGGAUUUCUCGAGUGUGCGCAAUCAUCGGCAUCGACGUCAAGUCACAGAGACGGAGUCUUGGCCAUCGUCAACCAACUCGGCGGCAUGACUACUGUACUAGGUACAGGCCAAGAUCCGCUUCAUAUGAUGCUUUCGGAAUUCGCGACGACAGAUCUUACCAGUGCUAUGCUCACGGGACAACCGCCGUCGUUUCCACCGGCUAUUUGGGAGGUUGUUGAUCGAGGACCUGUUUGGUGGGGACGAGAUACACAAGGGUAUUGUUCACUAUCGACGGUCUUUCAGCAGAUAUCCAGUAUGGCGUUUUAUCUUGAGGCGACGACACAUAUGAUUGAGGAGUUUUCGAUUGAGAGGAUUAGGAUUUUUGAAGCGGCUUUGAGACCGACGUAUGCAUCGUUGGCUGUCGAAGACUUGACGUCGCCUCGUUCAUCACCGGUUGAUACACCGUCAACGGAAUACGACACUGAAUCAGCACAAGCCUUCAGCCUCGUUCGGAUCUUCCAGCACGCAGCACUCAUUUAUCUAUACCGAGCUGUCUGCGGUCUACCAGCAAACCAUGCUCUCGUGCAGCAACAUACACAGUCUUGUCUAGACUGUAUCUUCAGCAUCCAAAAACCAUCCAAAAUUCUCAACUGUGCUGUACUACCUAUCUGUAUAGCAGGGGCGCAUUCACAAUGCCCAAAGCAACAGCGCUUAGUACGUGGACUUGCAGGGUUUAUAUAUGAUGAGAUACGGUUCGCUUCGGUUCAUUCAGUCAUUGCGGUCUUGGAGGAUAUUUGGAAACGAGCGCCUGAAGAAGAUAUGACGUGGAAUCAGAUGUUUGCCAACUUGAAUCCUCAGGCUAUUAUUCUCUGAGGUUUUGUUUGUAUACUACUGGCGUUGGAGGUGGGGUUUAUGUAGGAAGCUUGGGUUCAUAACAUGAAUGGCCUUCCUGGUGUUGAAAGAAUAAAUAUCUGUUCAAUU